CUUCAAACUAUCCUCCAUCCGAGUUCGAUCGCAGACCGGCGAUGGCGAAGAACGGUAAGCUGAAGAAGCUCAGGUGCAUGAUAAAGCGGUGGAACUCAUCUAACCGCAUCAGCCGCACCGGCGGCGGAGGAUCUGACCGUUCGCAGGAAGACGACGCGUGGCAUGCUGCUUCUUUCCACGGCGACGAUGUACCCGCCGGAUUCCAUCCCGUAUACGUCGGAAAAUCUCGCCGGCGUUAUAUCGUGAACUGCGACCUCGUCGAGCACCCACUCUUCCAGAACCUCGUUGAGCGCUCUGACAGCGGUGCCGACUCCGGCGGCGGCGGCGACACUGUCGUCGGCUGCGAAGUGGUGCUCUUCGAGCACCUCCUGUGGAUGCUCGAGAACGCCGACCCUCAGCCGGAUUCGCUCGACGAGCUCGUCCAUUUCUACGAAUGCUGAAAGUUUCACCGCCGGAGAAUUCUCCCCGCAGCGUUGCCGAGUUGGUUUUUAUAAGUAAUUUUUCCGAAGCUUCAAGCUCAGUUCAGAAUCCCAAAAAAGAAGAAAUCAUCGGUUCUCCAACGUUUUCCUAUUGGGCUCUAAUUAUUAAUUAAUGGUGAUGUAAUUGUAAUGAUUUUAGUUUUCUUAAAUAAUCUCAUUCAAUUCCUUUGUAUAUUUUCACCGAGAAAUAUAUUUUGCUGAUUUAAUAUCUAA